GGAACGGCUUCCACAGCAGCUCUCGGUUCCUCAGCCUCACCACAACUGAAUGAGAGGAAAGGGCUGCUGAGUCAUUAGAUGACGUCACCGCGUCGUCCGGGUCACGUGUACUCAGUACCAGUAAAGUGUCUGUGCGCGAGGAAGGAAUUGACAUAGCUCGCGCAGUCCUAUCAAAUAUCAGCUGCUCGCAAUUCGACACUGCUUUAUUCCCUAACAGUCGAGGUGGCGUGAAACCGUAGCCCGUACUUGACUCGAAACCGCUAGGAAGCAAAGAGCGGAUACAUCCGUGUUUAAAACGAAUCACAUAAGGCCUAGAGUGUGCACUCGUGAGUAUUAAAUUGUCGCUGAUUACUGCACGUGAAGUGUGAGUUACGCGGUGGAGGAGAAGCUGAAGUCGAAGUCCAUAACAAUACGCGAGGGAUCGUAGGUUUGUGCUAUGGGCUUACUGUCACAAGGGUCGCCGCUCAACUGGGAAGAGACCAAGAAACAUGCUGACCACGUUAGAAAGCACGGCAUCCUGCAGUUCCUCAACAUCUACAAUAAGGUCAAAGAUCGACAGAAGGACGUGCUGAAAUGGGGAGACGAGGUGGAGUACAUGUUGGUGGAAAUGGAUGCUAAAAAUGAAAAAGUCCGCCUGGUUUUGAAUGGGAAGGAUGUUUUGGAAACCCUUCAGGAAAAGGGUGAAAAGAUCAAUCCCAACCACCCCACUCUGUGGAGGCCAGAGUACGGCAGCUACAUGAUCGAAGGGACGCCCGGGCAGCCGUACGGAGGGACCAUGUCGGAGUUUAACACGGUAGAAGACAAUAUGGGAAAGCGGAGGAGAGAAGCCGCAUCUGUCCUUAAUAUGAACGAGACUCUUCUCACAGUUACGUCAUUCCCCAGGCUAGGCUGCCCAGGCUUCACUCAGCCAGAAUACAAACCCACACCUGUUGAAAAAGGGGUGUCCAAAUCGCUUUUCUUCCCCGAUGAGGCCAUCAACUAACACAAAAGAUUCACUCUGACCAGAAACAUACGCCACCGGAGAGGAGAAAAGGUGGCAAUAAAUGUACCAAUUUUUAAAGAUAAAAACACCCCGUCUCCUUUUGUGGAGGCGUUUCCAGAGGAUGAUGGGGAAGCUGCCCGGGCUGCUCUGCCUGAUCACAUCUACAUGGACGCCAUGGGCUUUGGCAUGGGAAACUGUUGCCUGCAGGUGACCUUCCAGGCCUGCAGCAUCAGUGAGGCACGCUACCUUUACGACCAACUGGCCACUUUCUGUCCCAUAGUGAUGGCUCUCAGCGCUGCCUCACCGUUCUAUCGGGGCUACGUAUCAGAUAUUGACUGCCGUUGGGGUGUGAUCUCUGCAUCGGUGGAUGACAGAACCCGAGAGGAGCGGGGCCUGGAGCCGCUGAAAAACAACAAAUUCAGGAUCCACAAAUCGCGGUAUGAUUCGAUUGAUAGCUACCUUUCCUGCUGUGGUGAGAAAUACAAUGACAUUGAUCUGACCAUAGAUGAAGAUAUCAACAAACAACUCCUAGAUGCAGGCAUCGAUAAACUGCUGGCACAGCACAUUGCACAUCUCUUCAUCCGUGACCCACUGUCACUCUUCCAGGAGAAGAUUCAUCUGGAUGAUGAGAACGAAUCGGACCACUUUGAGAACCUUCAGUCAACCAACUGGCAGACAAUGAGGUUCAAGCCCCCCCCUCCAAACUCUGACAUCGGAUGGAGAGUUGAGUUCCGUCCAAUGGAGGUCCAACUGACAGAUUUUGAAAACUCUGCUUAUGUCGUGUUUAUCGUUCUCCUCACCCGUGUGAUCUUAUCGUAUAAGUUGGAUUUCCUCAUUCCAUUAUCAAAGGUUGAUGAAAAUAUGAAAGUUGCCCAGAAGCGAAAUGCAGUGCAAGAAGGCAUGUUUUAUUUUCGGAAGGAUGUCUUUAAAGGCUGCAACCCAGUGUUAGACCCGCCCUCCACAGCUCAGAAUGGAGUGGAGAGUGAAGCUAAAGACAGUGAAGAGUUCACACUGAUGAGUAUUGACACCAUCAUCAAUGGGAAGGAAGGGGUAUUUCACGGCCUGAUCCCAAUGUUGAACUGCUACCUUGAGAACAUGGAGGUGGAUGUCGACACACGAUGCACUAUUCUCAACUACCUGAAACUCAUCAAGAAGCGUGCUUCUGGUGAGCUGAUGACUAUGGCUAAGUGGAUGAGGGAGUUUGUUGCCAAACAUCCUCAGUACAAGCAGGACAGCGUCAUUACAGACAAAAUAAACUACGACCUGCUGCACAAGUGCGACAGAAUCGCAAAGGGGGUAGAGAAAUGUCCAGAACUUAUCGGAGACCCGGUUAACAGAGGAAAAUGAAGCCUGCUCGAAACAAACACCAAUCUUAUAUUUAAAAAAUGCUCCUUUGCAUGAGAACAGAAGACCACUGCUCCAGAAAAAAAAGGUUUUAAGAAAAUAUUGAAAAUAGCAUGUGUUGAUUGCUGAGGUCAUCCAAAGGGUUGUGGAAUUUGUACAUAGCAGAUUUUUAUUAUUCGCAAAUUAUUUUAAUAGCUUAAACAGAUCCAUGAUGUAAUUUAUAUUUCACGUCGGUCUGACUUUGUGAGAGAUUAUGUAAAGUGUAGCAAACACUGAAUUGUACAUUAAUAAUAUUUUCAUUGUUGAAAUGUAAGUACUGUACUUCAUCAGGCAUUAACAAGUGUACUUUCUUUUUUUUAUGGAUGAAACUGUUGACUUGCUUUGCAGAUUCUUUUGGCAUUUAAUAUUGUACCAAUUAAGAGAAUGAUUUCAAGGCACUGCUCUUGAUUCAAGUCUGUAUGCAGCACUGACUAAACUGAUGGAGGAAUUGAAAUUGGGGUAAUGGGAAGUAGAAGACUGUAGAGUUGUUUUUCACUAACACAUUCUAUUUUGUAAUUUUCGUGUUUGAAGGACAGCUAAAUUCAUACCAUCUGAAGUUUCUUAGUUGUUAAGCUUUACAUAGCAGAUCCACCACUAGAGGGGGCAGAUUAUCUUUUUUAUUAAAUUAACAGAAAGAUGAAUUAGGUUAAGUUAUAGUUUGUUAGCUUUAAUAUCAGUAUAUGGCUUCAAACAAAGUGGUUCCUGUACAUAUUUCAGCUUAUUGAAUGGAACACCUGCCUUUUAUAGAGCACUGUAAUUUCUUUAGCAUUCAAGCCUUAUGGAAAUAAUUCUUUAAAUGCUGCUUGCGUGUAAUGUUUAUUCUUUAAAAUUCAAUUCAUUAAAUCAUUUAAUAAGCAUCA